CCGAGCGGAGCGGGGGCGCGGCCAUGCCGCUGGAGGCCGUGAUGGUGUGCAUCGUCGGCUCCUCAGAGGGAACGGCGACUACACCCCGACCCGCUUCGACGCGCAGACGGACGCCGUGAACCUCGUGUGCGGCGCGAAGACGCAGCAGAACCCCGAGACUUCGGUUGGCCUGCUGACCUCGGCGGGGGACCGCGUCGAGGUCGUAAUCACUCCCACGAUGGAGCUGGGCAAGAUCAACGUCGAGCUGUCCAAGAUCAAGAACGGCGGUACCUCCGACCUCCUGAGGGCCAUUCAGACGGCGCAGCUCGCCCUGAAGCACCGCCAGAACAAGAACCAGAAGCAGCGCAUCAUCGCCUUCGUGGGGAGCCCCGUGGCCAACACCGAGAAGGAGAUCGAGACCCUUGGCAAAAACCUGAAGAAGAAUAACGUCUCCCUGGACAUUGUCAGCUUCGGCGAGGUGGAGGCGAACAACCCGAAGCUCGAGAAGUUGCUCACCAGCGUGAACAGCAACGACACCUCGCACCUCGUCGAGGAGCUGGCCCUCGCCCUCCGGAUCUCCAUGGAGGAGGAGCGGGCCCGGCAGCAGGCCACGGAAGGCGGCGCCCCGCCCGAGGGCGGCGCCCCAGCGGCCGAGGCCGCCGCCGCCGCGCCAGCGGCGGCGGCGGCGCCCGCGGCGCCCGCGGCGGCGGCGCCCGCGGCGUCCAACGACGCUGUGAUGGAGGCCAUAGACAUGGAGGACAUGGACGAGGAGCUGCGCCAGGCCAUCCUCCUCUCCAUGCAGGAAGCCGGCGGCCCCGCGCCGGCGCAGCCCGCCGCGACCGCACCCGCGGCGGCCGCCGAGCCCGCGCCGGCGGCCGCGGCGGCCGCCGAGCCCGCCGCGAAGAAGGCGCGGACGGAGGACGAGCCGAUGCCCGACGCAGCCGCCGCGGCGCCGGCGGCGGGCGGCGGCGAAGUGGACCCCAAGUGGUUUCAAGACCCUGCGUUCGUGCAGGAGCUGCUCGGCUCUCUCCCGGGGGUGAACGUCAACGACGCCAAGAUCCAGGCCGCGCUGUCGGAAGUGGGGGCCGACGGCGGGGACAAGAAGGCGGAGGAGGACAAGGAGAAGAAGAAGGACGGCGGCUCUGGCAGCGGCGGGCCCUGA